GUUAGAUACAGCCCCGGUUCUGCCGGUGUGUUGCCGGUGCCUCUACCGCGGUCUCCAGAGACCCCAGAUCUCUGGCGGCAGUGCCGCCGCGUUGCCAAGGCGCUCCUUGCCGUACGCAAAGCAGAGCGCAGCUGCUUCGGCCGAGCGCGUUCUGUGCAUAAGCAAGUGAACGUCUCUUGAGCGAGGCCCGGGAAGGAAGAAAAAGGGACAGGAGACGGCCCUGCGACCUCUCCAAGAGGCGUACGCAACGCAUCGAGAAAGAACAGAUUGCUCUUUGCCUUUCAGGAAAUGUCUAACAUUCAGGAGUUACAAGAAGAGAUGAAUAGCAUGGCCAAAGCCCUUCCUGAAACAAAGGAAUGUUCCAGAAGCAAGUGCCCACUUUGCACAGAGCUUUUUUCUGCCCCCAAAAUACUACCCUGUUUACACACCUUUUGUGCAGCAUGCCUUGAACAGCUGGAGCCCUUUUCCGAUCUGGGCUUACCAGGUGAAGACUCAGACUCUAGUUCAGAUGGUCCUUGUCUCCAGGGUUGCCGACGGCGUCAGCCACCGCUACUGCUCAGCAUCCUCUGUCCUGCCUGUGAUGCUGAAGUGGAUUUGCCAUCAGGAGGGAUAAAAGACUUGACCACUGAUCACAUGGCUCUCAAUGAGGUGCUGUUGGAGACCUUGCAGGGCAAAGGCCUCAGCUUGGCAUGUGACCUCUGUGUUGAUGGGGAAGCUGUGAAGCACUGUCAGGCCUGCAGGAUCUGCCUUUGCCAGUUUUGCUGCCAAGCUCACAAGAGGCAGAAGAAAACAUCUUCCCAUGUAGUUGUGGAGCUUGACUUGGACUUGAAGAGUUACACCCGCACUGAGAAGCCCAUCCAGUGCCCUUCCCACCCUGCAGAGGAGCUGAAGCUCUUUUGCGAGCAGUGUGACUUGUCAGUGUGCCAGGAAUGCGUGGUGGGUGAACACCGGCAGCAUCCCUGCAAUUUCACUAGCAACGUUAUCCAUAAACAUGGAGAAUCCAUUCGGGAGCUCCUGAAGAUCACUCAGCUGAAUAUGAGAACUCUGGAAGGGGCACUUGGCCAAAUUGAAGAGGUUAGCAGCACCUGCAGCACCCACGUAGAGGCAGUGGCUCAAGAGAUCUGCACUUUUGCAGAUGGAUAUGUGAAAGCCAUUGAAGAGCAUCGGGACAGGCUGCUAAAGUUUCUGGAAGAGCUGAAGGUCCAAAAGGAUAAUCUGCUUCAUUUGCAGAAAGCACAGCUGCUUCAGCUCCUCCUGGAUAUGCAAACAGGAGUGGAAUUUACUGAGCAUUUGCUCACUAAUGGCUCAGACCUUGAGAUCCUCCUUACCAAACGGGUGGUGGAGAACCGGCUGAACAAACUAAACAAUGUGAACUACAAUAUCCACCCUGUUGCCGAUGACAAGAUCCAUUUCUCUCCUCAAAAGAAGGCUGGCCUGUACCAUGGCUAUGAGAUCUUUGGGACCAUUCUCAAUAAAGCAGCUGAUCCAACCAAGUGUGUCCUGCAAGGAGCAGAUCUCUGCAGCACUCAUCAAAAUGAGCCGGCUGACUUUACUCUGGUCUGCAAGGACACAUCAGAUGAGCAGAUGGAUAGAGGAGGAGAGCCCAUCCGGGUGUCCAUUUUCCAUAAAGACAGGAAGGAUUGUGUCAUCAAGGCCAGCGUAAGUGACAACCAAGACGGGACAUAUCACAUUUCUUACAUCCCUGAGGAACCAGGCAAAUACAUGGUCUGCGUCUUUGUUAGAGGUCAACAUGUACAGGGGUCCCCGUUCCCCAUGACGGUGAAGAACAAGUUCCGUCAACACCUUGGCCUCUUCCAUUGUUGCACCUUCUGCUCUAGUGGAGGGCAGAAGACUGCUCGAUGUGCUUGUGCAGGGGUCAUGCCUGCAGGUGGCUACCAGGGCUGUGGUCAUGGACACAAAGGCCAUCCUGGCGCUCCUCAUUGGUCCUGCUGUGGCAACGUAGCUGAAGCCUCUGAGUGCUCCAUUGUGCCAUCUGGUGAUACCUUGGGAAGGAGUCUGCUUAGAACAGUGGUGCUCUAAAGGGGUUUUGGUGGAAGCUUCUAGGAAGGCAACAAAGCUUGAGCCAGCAAGGAAUUACCCGAUUGCACUGACUGCGGGUCAAAAUCCUACACUGCCAACUGUACACUGAGAAGAUGAAAUGAAAUGUCAAAUAAAAAAGUGCCUUCUCUCCCAUCUUUGGGCUGUAUGUGAGAUGGGUUUUAAAAAACGCAUGUGUGAUUAGGGCAAGGUCUGGGAAUUGUAUUCCUGGCUUCAGCUCAGUGUGUUCAAAAAUUAGCUCAGUAGUUUGAACUAUACUGGAAAGUACAAAAUCCAGUUAGGACACGUUAAACCAAAAUAAGUGAGGUCAGGUCCUGGCUUGUACGUUUUCAAAAAUGCAGUUGUACACCAAGGCCAAAUAUGAUGUAUCCUUGUAUUUAUUUAUUUAUUUGAUUUGAUUUAUAUCCCACCCUCCCAGCAGGAGCCCAGGGUGGCAAGCUGAUAGGCUACACGUGUAAAAACAAAAUGGGAAGGAUCCUCCCUCUGCUUGCCCUCUUAUGGGUAGUU